UAGUUACUAAAAUCACGAGUUUAUUAAUUCCUUCCUCUUCUGUUAUAUGUUACACACUCACAUCACUAAAUCUAACACUCACAUCACUCAGUGUAACACUUUUAUCACUAGGAGCUGACACUCACACUCACUGCUCAGGAAUGAAUGAAGCCGUCACUUACGCUGACCUGCAGUUUGGGAACUUACCCCUGAAGGAAUGUCAGAAAGCAGUCUUCAAAGAUGAUGAAGAGGAGGAUCCAGGGGCAACAUAUGAGAAUGUGGAAAGUCUAAAUGGCCCCAUAAGGAAAGUGGAUAAUUCAGCCCCAGAACAAGUCUAUACAGGACUCCAGUCACAGCCAAGUAAACUUCUACUCCUGCUCGUCCUCCUGUUCCUCGGAUCCUUCUCUGCCAUGGUUGGAAUUAUCAUUAAAUAUCUCCAGGUCUCCAGAGAGUUAGAGGAAAUAUCCAGAUCUCACCUAGAACUGAACAGCAGCCUCUCCUGGGAAAUUCAGAGCAAAGAGGAGACACUAACCCUCACCCACAUGAGACUCUCCAACUUACGAACUGAGUUCAACCAACUGGUACAGGACCUGAAUAACCUGAAUGGAUCCCUGCAGCUCUGCGACGGAACAGAAAGGACCACCAGAGAGGACUUGCACCGGAUACAAGACCUGCAUAGCAAAACAAUGGAGGAGAAGGAAACCAUGCAAAACAAAUUGAACAAAAUAGAGGGGCAGCUUCGAGAUUCAGAUACAGAAUAUUGCCCCCCAGAAUGGAUUCGCUUUGGGAUGAGAUGUUUGUUCUUCUCCGAAAUGGAAGAAACUUGGGAAAAUAGCAAAUUAAACUGCGAGGAAGAGAAGUCCACUCUCCUGAUCCUCAGAGAUAAUGAUAAUGAACUGACAAAGUUUAUAUCCAACAAACAGCCAGAUUACUGGGUUGGAAAUGCAGUGGAAUGGGACCAAAAGGAAAAGAAAUUUCAAUGGAAAACAUCAAAUACCUCUCCAGAGUGCUGGAACUAUUGUGUAAAAAUCAGCAAGAUCAAUACACAAUUUCAUUAUAAAAUGCAUAAAAGUUACCGUCACAAAUGGAUCUGUGAGAAAAAGCUGGUUCUGUUGGACACUGUGAAGGAUUUGAAUUACAAGUUUAAAUACUAUUUUAACUUCUCUGGUGACAAUGAAAAGUUUAGGUGUGAGAAACUGCGGGAGUAUUAGAAGUAGAGACAUAUGACUGAGCUGACAGACGUCACAUAUAUAUUUGCUGUAUAUACUGUAAUGAAAUAAAGUGAUAGAAAUACACUGAUACCAACACAAGAACAUUCACAUUUCUGAUUCUAUAUUGUACAAGGGAUCCCCCCAUUCUAUAAUAAUUAGUGGUCUCAGUCGGUGUAGGAAGCGAUAAUUAGCUGUGUAACCCAACAGAUUUGUUAUAUUAUUGUUCCCUGGUUAGACCUUAUGUUCUUCCCUGUUAGAUUCCACUUAAGGGCUCAUCCCCCGUCAUGUUCUGAUUGGUCCAAUUCAUUUACAAUUUAUGUUAAUUUUCUAUUGUAGUGGUUUCAAUAUUUUAGACUGCUAAUGCCUGUAUUGACUUAGCAUAGUGAUGAGCGAAUUUGUCCCAUUUCGCUUUGCAGCGAAAUUCACUAAUUUCCUGCAAAAUUCGCGAAGCGGACAAAAAAUUAGCAAAACAUGAAUUUUGGCGUCGGAACUGUCCCGGUGUCAAAAAAUAAAGGCAAAUUGAUUGAUCAAAAUUGAUGCAAAUUUAUUCAUCGACGCCAAAACGCGGAAAUUCACUGCAAAUUCACGCCUGCCGAAUAGAUUCGCCCAUCACUACUUAGCAAGUCUGUCUGUCAGAGAAUAAGCAACCCGAGAGUUAAAUGAGUUGUUCACCUUUAAAUUAACUGAGAGAAAU